AUGCCUACCGUUACCUUUCCCCAGUCCCGCGACCUUAUUACCCCAAGACCCGGCAGGUCGGCUGCCAGGCCUUAUAGGAAGAAGGCCAAGGGCAACGUCUACCUGACGCCCGGGGAGAUGGAGGUAUUGACGCAGAGAUGGGCGCCGUAUAGGUCGUUGGGGGUGUAUUACAUGUGGGCUGUGGCCGAGGAGACGGGCGGGUAG